GCGGCAACACAAAGCGGCAGCCAUGUUUCCUUCCUUUCACGUGCUGUCAAAACAACAUAAACAGCACGUGUAAAAAAUGCGUAUAGAAACUUGCUAUUUCUGCUCAUCCAGGAUAUAUCCUGGCCAUGGGAUCCAAUUUGUGAGAAACGAUUGCAAGAUUUUCAGGUUUUGUCGUUCAAAAUGCCAUGCAGCGUUCAAAAAGAAGAAGAAUCCACGUAAAACCAAGUGGACUAAAGCGUACCGUAAGACCGCUGGCAAAGAAUUGGCCAUCGACCCAUCCUUUGAGUUCGAGAAACGUCGUCAUGCACCAAUCAAAUAUAACCGUGAAUUAUGGAGUAAGACCAUUGAAGCUAUGAAGAAAGUUGAGGAGAUUAGGCAGAGGCGGUCUAAUAACUAUAUUAUGCAGAGGUUAAGGAAGGGACGUGAAGUGGAGUGGCAGAGAGAUGUGAGAGAAGUCCAGCGGGAUAUUUCUCUUAUCAGAUCCCCAGCAGCAGGAAUGAAACAGAAGCAAGCAGCGGAAGACACUGAAAUGGAGGUAGAACCGGAGACCAUUGAAGUGAUUGACGCCAAGGGCAGGAAGCAAGUCAUUGAAGCUCCCAUCAUGGUGCCGGCUACGGGAGAGAUGAUUGAAGAUGGCGGAGAAAUUAACUUGUAAUACUAUGCUGUAUAAAGUGUGAUUUUUACACAACUUCCCAAA